AUGAGUGCUUUUCGACCUGCGAAAGCGAAGGCGCUCGUGCUAGCGAUGCUCACUUUGAUUUUAGUGUGCACUGUAUACUUUUACUGGUCUCCAACAACUGCGUCCUCCACUGUACCCCUAGUCCCAAACACAGCAUUUGAGGUCCCCCUCACAGAACGCCAGAAGGACUUUUGGAAAGCCCUUCGACCCAUAAUUGAACGCCACCGGCCGAAUUGCCCUUCCCCGGAAAAGCGAGGCGAUGUCGAAGCCCAACACUUCGACCCCACAAAAGACCAGCCAAGACCCGACCUAACGGGCCUGAGCGAGGAGAAUGUACGCAAGAUGGAGGAAGCCCACGCGGCCUUCAUCGAGGAUGUCAAGAAUGCAGACAAGCAGUUAAAGCCGAUUCAUACCCCAGGUAAGCGAGGACUGGUAUCGACAGCUGGCGCUACGUACCUCCCCGUUUUCGUCUCAUCGCUGCGGAUGCUCCGCCGCGCGGGGUCAAAGUUGCCGGUCGAACUCUACAUGAAGGAUGCCACCGAACACGAGAAACAUAUUUGUAAAGAUGUGCUUCCCAAACUCGAUGCGCGGUGCUUGAUCCUGGCUGAUGUGGUGGGUAAAAACAUCAUUGAACACUAUCAACUCAAGAUCUUCGCUGUUCUUUUCUCAUCCUUUGAAGAGAUUGUUUGGAUGGAUGCCGACUGCUUCCCUCUUGGCAAACCCGAGGACCUGCUUGACUCUGAGCCAUUUAAAACCAAUGGUCUUGUCACAUGGCCCGACUUCUGGGCCUCUUCCGCAUCUCCGUUGUACUACAAAAUUUCACGCCAAGAGGCACCAUCCAUGGCUGCUAGACAGUCAUCAGAAACCGGCGUAUUCUUAGUCUCAAAGAAAACCCAUUCUCUAGCUCUUUUGCUGGCUACAUACUAUAACUUUUAUGGCCCCUCGCAUUAUUUCCGCUUGCUGAGUCAAGGAGCUCCUGGCGAGGGAGACAAGGAAACCUUUAUCCAUGCUGCCUCAGCUGUAGGCGCGCGGUUCUACACUGUCAGUGAGAGGGUGCAAGCCAUCGGACAUGCGAAUGCAGGUGGACUCUCCGGAUCAGCUAUGGCCCAGUCAGAUCCGCGGGAGGACUUUGCCUUGAUUCAGCAGGAUAAGCGGCGUGUAAAAGAUGAGUCCGUUGCCCCCGCACCGCACAUCUUCUUCAUCCACGCAAACUAUCCCAAGUUUAACCCCGGUGACCGCAUUUUCGGCAUGGGAUGGGAAACAACCCCUACCUUGAAGGAGGACGGUUCGGAUGGACGUGCCUGGACGGCACCCCCGGAGACCAUCAAGCGAUUUGGAUACGAUGUCGAAAGGGCUUACUGGGAGGAGAUCAAAUGGGUGAGCUGCGAGCUCGAAACAGCGUUCAAAACGUGGGAGAACAAACUAGGCUUGUGCCAGAGAGUCGAGGAAUAUUGGGGCCAUGUCUUUGCUGAGCCACAUGACGAUGACCCCAAGUUUACUUUAGAUGGCUGA